AUGGUUCGCAUCGCCGCCGCCGCCGCCCUUCUUGCCUUCGCUGCCUCUGCUCUGGCCGGUAAUCAGGGCCAAGCCGCCAACAACGCCGUCAACCAAGCGCAGGGCGGCGCUGCAGGUGCCGCAGGGAAUGCCAAUGGAAAUGGCGCAACCGCUGGAGCUGGUGGAACUGCAAGCAAGACCCCGGCGGUCGAUGCACGCAUCAAGGAGUUGACGGAUCUUCAGAAAAAGAAGGAGCAGGAUGCAGUGCAGGCGGAGGCGAGCGGGAACCAAGGCCUCGCCGACGCGUUGAGGACGCAGAAGAAUGGUGCAAUUGCGCAGCAGCUCACCAACCUCCAGCAAGCGCAGAAGGCCGCGAAUUAA